AGGGUACGUGGUGUGGAAGUAGGAGGUCGAACCUGUUGGACUUGAUUUUCCAAACAUAAAAAUUCCCUUCAUCCUAAAACCCUAAAACUCUCUCUCCUCUCCUCUCUGCACCAUCUCCAAAACAGUUAUGGCCGCUUCUUCCCUGGACCAAGAAACGGCCAAGGCAGUUCUUCGUCAGGUGGAAUUUUAUUUCAGUGACAGCAAUAUUCCCAGAGACAAUUUUCUCAAGACAAAAAUGAGCGAGAGCGAAGAUGGCAUGGUUAGCUUGGCUUUGAUAUGCUCGUUUUCGAAGAUGAGAGAGCAUUUAAAGUUAGGAGCUGUGAAGCCCGAGGAAGUAUCAGAGGAUACUGUGAAAGCUGUUGCUGAAACUCUCAAGGCAUCUUCUUCCCUCAAGGUCUCUGAAGAUGGGAAGAAAGUUGGUAGGAGUGCUGAACUCUUGAAGCCAGAGGAAUUGAUAGAGCAAUUAGAUGUGAGAACAAUAGCUGCAUCUCCUUUCGAAUAUGAUGUAAAGAGGGAAGCUUUGGAGUCCUUUUUUGGUCAAUAUGGCAAGGUUAAUAGUGUGAGGUUGCCUCGUCAUGUAGCGGACAAAAGGUUAUUUUGUGGGACUGCUCUGGUUGAGUUCUCAGCAGAGGAAGAUGCUCAAAAGACAUUGGAGCAAAGCUUGGUUUAUGCAGGUGUAACGCUGGAACUAAAACCAAAAAAAGAUUUUGACGAGGGAAGAGAAAAGGAAGCAGAGGAGUUUGAGAAAUCACAUCCAAGUUCAAAUCGUAAGAACAAUACAAAUGGAGAAGCAAAUUACCCCAAGGGUUUGCUUGUUGCAUUUACAUUAAAGAACAUAUCAGCUGUGGACUCCAGUGAUCCAAACGGAUCUGAUAAACCAGCCAAGGAUGAUGCUACCGAAGGUAGUGAGCAGAAGUUGCUGGAAAAUGAUAGUGACAAGGACAAAGAAGUUGAUGAGAAAAAUGAAAGUCCAGAAAUGGACGCCAAAGAUGGAGAUAAGUCUUCUGAAAGUCCAGCUGAAAAAGAUGAAAGCCUGGGAGGAAAACCUCCUUCUGCCUAUAAAAACGAUAUGAAUGUUGUCUUGCGUGAGGACCUGAAAGAUGUAUUUCAAAAAUUUGGUACUGUCAAGUUCGUUGAUUUUAAAAUUGGCGAGGAUUCGGGUUAUAUCCGCUUUGAAGCUCCUGAAGGAUCUCAGAAAGCUCGUGCAGUUGCAGUCUUGGCUAAAGAAGGUGGUCUGGUUGUCAAGAAUUUCAUUGCUAUUCUAGAACCAGUAACUGGGGAUGCUGAAAGGGACUAUUGGGGCCAAAUUCGUGGUAACCAAGAAAGGCACCGAGAGAGUAAAGGCAACCGAGGAAGGGGAGGAAAACACCAUAGAGGUGGCAAACAUGCCCGUCGAAGAGAAAAUGAUUCUCCAGCAGGUCGUCCAAACAAAGCUCAAAAAGUUGCUGCAGCGUGAGAAUCAUAAGAGUGUUCUCUAAAUUUUCUAUGACUGUAGGAUAUAUAUAUAUAUUUGAAUGUUGGGGGUGGGAUUUGAAGUCCACACCUACCAAGCUUAACGUGAAAAGUUCUUUACAAUGGGAGGUUGCCAUUAGGCUACUAGGAUGUUCUUGUAGGAUGCAUAUUUUUGUUUUGCAAGAGUUUGAGGAUUUGAUAAAUUAUAUGUACUAAUGCACUGGGGAUUUUCUUUUGGUAAUACUAUUAUGUUUUCGGUUGUUAGUUUUUUGUUUUUAUUGUUUUUUUUUUUUCUAUUUAAUAACAAUUGAUAUAUUUA